AUGACGGCCGAGACAGUCAACAGAGGCGCCAGAAAGGGCACCCAAAAGACACCCAGCAGAGACCACCAACGGGCACGAGCCUUUGGGGCCUUUGAGGGGGCAAGGAAUGGGGAAGUGGUGGGAACGACCCGUGCCUGGCGGCGCAAAUUUGGUGCUGUAGAGGCAACGCAGGUCGAGGUACUUGGCAGCAGUCGGGAGACCAGCAGCUAUCCCACUGCUAGCUCCCCAGGGAUGAGCAGUGAGCGGGAGCGCCAAAAGGUAGUGAUUGGGGACUGCAAGUCGUCGCGGGGUGUUGUGACAUUCCAAUCUUCAAUCACCUGGCCCAGCCAGAGGUGGCAGCAGUGUGGGCUAGGCGCUGCGGCGUUUCAUUCGCUUGAGCAGAGAAGAGCUUGCUUGAGUGGAGCGAUGAUCGACCAGGGCACACAGGGCUCCAGGAGGUCGACGUCAGUGCUCAAAAGUCAAGGGCUCCCUCCUGUGAGGGCGCCUAACGAGCGAUACUGCGUCUUUGUAUUUGUUCACGGUGACAGCGUUGACGAUCAAUACUGGAUCUGA